AUGAGUGAACAACAUAAUAGUAGUAGUAGUAAUAAUAAUGGUACAACAACAGAAACAAUGUUGAAUGAUGUAUUGAAUGGAGAGAAGUUUAAUGUGGUGGCAGGCUCAACACCAUUUGUAAAGGCAAAGGAGAAUGGUAGAGUGUAUAAGGAGGCGACAAAGCGUGAACGUGGAUUCUAUGAGAUGCUCCAACAGAGGAGUAGUAAUGAUGCCAUACAUAAGUUGAUACCAAAGUUCUUUGGAGUGCACCACGUGUCGCAGAAGGACUACAUCAUCCUGGAGGAUCUGACCUGCGACUAUGUCAAGCCAUGCAUCAUGGACAUUAAGCUUGGUCUGACACAUCGUGAUAUGGACCUCGACAAGUUAUUCCCAAAGCCCUCAGAUAUCACUGCCGAUGCAUCAUUAUCAUCAGACACAACAACGACAACAAUUACAACAACUACAUCACCUACUGCCUCACCAUCACCAUCAUCAUCACAGUCAACAUCCAUAACAUCAUCUACAUCAUGUGAGUCACUUGAUCGACUGCAAGUCAGAAGAUGUUCGAUACAGCCACACGAAGUCAGUUCAUACCUGGCCUCUAAAUACAUAACAGCACCACGACUUGGCUUCUGUCUCUGUGGAUUCCAGAAAUACAAUGCGACCAAGGCAGAGUUUGAGAAGUUCUCCAAGGAACAAGGAAGGUUCCUGAAUGAGGUCACCAUCAGGACAACACUCCACGACUUCUUCCACAAUGGACAAGAGAGAAGGACUGAUGCCAUGUCCCUCAUCAUCCAGAAGCUUAAAUACUUCAAGGAAUACUUUGAACAUAAUCCCGAGUUCAAGUUUAGAUCAAGCUCAUUAUUAUUGAUAUACGAGGGCGAUAAUAUGUUGGAAGCAAAGUGUGAUAUUCGUCUGAUAGACUUUGCACAUACAUUGGCAUAUCCCGAGCAUUUGAAACCUUAUUCCUCUCGACUGUCACAAUAUACUCCAACCGUGGACAAUGGCGACAACAACAACGACGACGACAACUCAUUCUCAUUGCCAGUGGACGGUGGAUAUCUAUUCGGUAUCUCCAAUCUUCUAAGCAUAUUGGAGGCACUCUAA